AUGGCUCCGAUGGCUGAUGGCAAGCGCAUCCGCUCACGCGGCAAUGCCGUGGCGCUGUUGAUUCUGGCUGCCGUCGCCUUCGAGGCCUUCCAACUGACCUUCAGUGCGCCGCAGACACCGCGGGCCCCAGGAUUUGGAGCUCUUGGGCGACUCCAGGAAGGCCAGGCCCGGUCGGUCGCUGUAGCUGCCUCGGAGUCCGAGACGGCAGCAUCCCAAGCCUACUUCACCGGAAUCGGCUGGUAUCUGAUGCACUUUGUCGUAGGCAUCUGCAACGACGGCAUCAUGAAGUUCUUGGGUGAGAACCUGCCUCCAUUCCAGAUCGUCUUCUUGCGAUUCUCCGCAGCUGCACUCGUCUUGCUGCCAGUGCUGGCGAUUCAGGGGAAGAGCGCUUUCAAGUCGGCAAGGCUUUCCAUGCAUGCUGGACGAGGAGCACUUCUUGCACUGGGCAUUGGCCUGUGGUGCUAUGGGCUCAGCAUCAUGCCUUUCGCUUCCUGUGUCGUCAUUAACAACACCAUGCCUUUCUUCAAGAUGCUCUUUGCGCAGCUCAUUCUUGGGGAGAAAGUUGGCAAGCAGCGAUGGCUUGCAAGCCUUGCAGGUUUCAUAGGCUGCAUAAUCGUCUUCAAUCCCACAGCCGCAACCUUCAAGCCUCAGUCUUUGGUGCUUCUUCUGUCCGCGUGCUGCUUUGCCAUGCUCGACAUCUUCAACAAGAAAUACACAGCAUCUGAGACUGUGACCUCGAUGCUGUUUUAUGGCGCCUUGGCCACAGCUGCCAUCUCCGCGGUGCGUGCAAUUCCAAGCUGGGUCCCCGUCACGGGACCUCAGAUGGCCUUGAUUGGAUGCUUGGGAGUUGGUGCGAACUUCCUGCUUUUCUGCUUGCUCAGGGCCUUCAGGUACGUGGAUGCCUCGGCAACCUGCCCGUACCGGUACACGGAGUUUGUGCUCUCUGCUUCUGUUGGAUUCUUCCUAUUCAAAGAGAUGCCAUCCAAGUCGACAUUCCUCGGCUCCUGCAUCAUCCUGCCAUCAGUGAUUUACACGGCGCUUGUCGAGAGCAGACAGGCCAGUCAGGAGCAGCAGUCGGAGGACAAAGUGGAGGCUUGA